UCUACAGCCAACGAGAGGAAAACCCCAAGUUCACAAAGAGAAGAAGAGGAAAAGCCCAGCAAUGUCGGGGCGGCGCGGGCGCGGGCGCGGGCCGCCGACGCAGGCGGACCGCCUGAUGCGCGGGGCCAUCGACCACUUCGGACGGAUGGGCUACGCCGAGGCCGACAUCCGCAGCACCGUCGGGCAACUCAUCGAGGUCUAUGGUGAGGAUGCUUCGUCGUUCCUGAAGGAAGAUGACUACCGGGUCGUGCAGGACGCACUAUUUGAGAAGCAGGAGCAGGAAGAGCAGCAGCAGGAGCCUAAACAAAAGGAAGCAGCAAUCUCUGAGGCACCAACAGCAAGUGACAUGCCAAUUGUGGACAUGCACAAUGAGAUGCCACCUGGGGCUGAGUUAUCAGUUGAGGGAGCAGACCCUAUGCCCAUCGACCCGCCUGCUCCUGAGGCUACAAUGGCACAUCCUGCAGCUACAGGAACUAGUAGAGCAAGGCGUCCCUGCUAUGGAUGGAUUAGCGAAUCUGAGAGUGAUUCGGACUAUGAAGAAUACCUCGCCAGUCGAUGACAGGCGACGCAUGCUCCAAUCCCAGGAAGCGGCUGAGUGGAUGGAAUGUGAAAUGAAGCCCCACUUAACUGGCAGGCACAUAGCUGACUUUGCUGGGUGGGUGUUCAGGUCGUCUGAAGUAUUGGCAAUGCUGUAUUAGUAAUUUAAGUGUACUAUAUAUAGGAGUAAGCACUAAGUUAACACAGCACAUAUAGUUUGACCAGCGCUAUUUGCAUUUAAGAACAGCAUCGAUGCUGCCAGUCAAGAACUAAAAUGUCCUAGCUUCGACUGUCAUUACUAUGAAUAUUUUGAUACGAAAAAGAUGUUUGAAAUAUUAUUGAUUGAUCUCUUA